AUUAUAUUGUAAUUUGUUUAACAUUUGGCGAAUAAGAAAGAUAAAAUAAUACAUGAAGUUACUUGAGUGAGAUUUCCGAACGUGCAGCCUUUUAAGUAUUGUACAUAAUAACCUAAUAAGACUGAAAACUAAGCAAUCUUGCACUAGUCAAGUAUUAGCAUAAUAUAUGCAUAUAAUUAACUGUAUUUGUAUUGAAUAAUGUUAAAAAGAAAAGGUCUCAAAAAAACAUGCAUGAGAAAACAUGUUAAAAAAACUAAACCAGCUAGUGAUGGCAAAAUAAUGACAACUCUUCAUAUACCUCAAGAUUUAGUAACAGACACUAAUAUAUUGAAGAUUCUACCUAUUAAUAAGAAAAAAGCAUUAAAUUGUGCGUUCAUAAAUCCGGAUAGCAAUGUACAAAACUCUUCAAGGAAUACUUAUAAUUUUAACAAAAGCAGAGUGUUAAAUGAUAAAACAAAUAUUCAAAAUCCGCAUACAAAUCGACAAAUUCAAGAAGUAGGUAUGUAAAACAAUG